AUGGCUUCUGCACCCCUCAUAAAUCAUUCUCCAUUGGCAAUUUCUUGCAACAACGUUGCUCUAGGUUUUGAAACAACCUCUGGACUUUUGUCUCUACUAGUUUAUUUUCUUGCUAAAUCAUCACAAGCUCUUCAAAAUUUGAAGGUCAUAAAUGAAACUCUACGUUGUGGAAAUUUGGUGAAGUUUGUACUCAGGGAAGCUAUUAAGGAUGUAGACUUCAAAGGAUAUCAUAUUUCAGCAGGAUGGAAAAUACUCCCUAUAUUUUCUUCGAUGCAUCUUGAUCCAUUGCUGCAUGAAAAUCCAUCGGAGUUUAACCCUUGGAGAUGGACCGAUCCAGCCACAAGUAAAAAGGUGACCCCAUUUGGUGGUGGAUUGAGGAUGUGUCCUGGAUCCGAGCUUGCCAAAUUAGAAGCAGCUUUUUUCCUACAUCAUCUUGUCCUCAAUUACAGAUAUGGAAAAGUGUUCAAAUCCUAUAUAUUUGGGUCUCCUACUAUAAUUUCGUGUGACUUAGAGCUCAACAAAUUUGUCCUUCAAAAAGAAGGCAAACUGUUCCAAAGCAGCUACCCAAAGCCAAUUAGAGACAUUCUUGGUAAGCACUCUUUGAUGAUUGUCAGUGAUGUUGAACGUCACAAAAAGUUGCGACGCAUUGAAGUUGGCCUCAUCAACAAAUUCAGUUCCACAUCGAAUUUCCUUGGUGACAUUGAUAAAUUAUGUAUCUCGUUAAUGGAAUCGUGGAGAGGAAAUCAACUUAUUCUCUUCUCAAAACAAGCUAAACAGUUUAGCUUUAAUUUGAUGUUAAUGAAUUUGUUGGACAUGCAACCGGGAGAGCCACUUGGUUUGCAGUUAUUAGAAGAUUUCCUCACAUUUAUGAAAGGGUUUGUCUCCAUUCCAAUUAACCUUCCGUGGACACCCUAUGCCAAGGCGGUCAAGGCUCGUACGAGGAUUUCAUCCACGCUGAAACAAAUACUAAAUGAAUGGAAAAAUAGAAAAGACGUGCAAGUACAAAAUGGGCAACAAAAAGGAGACCCUUUUGAUGAGAUUUUAGUGAAAGAAGACUUAAUUAGUGAUGUGGAGAAAGUAAGCAUUUUACUUGACCUUUUGUUAGCAGGUUAUGAAACAACCUCAGGACUUUUGUCCCUACUCGUCUAUUUUCUUGCCCAAUCACCACAAGCUCUUCAAACUUUGAAGGAUGAACACCUCGCAAUAAGGAAAAAGAAAAAGGAGGGGGAACCCCUAAAUUGGGAAGAUUAUAAGCAAAUGGAAUUCACCACUAUGGUUAUAAAUGAGACUCUACGUUGUGGAAACUUGGUUAAGUUUGUUCAUAGGGAAGCUAUCAAGGAUGUAAAAUUCAAAGGAUAUCAUAUUCCAGCGGGCUGGAAAGUGCUUCCUAUUUUAUCUGCAGUACAUCUUGAACCAUCGCUGCAUGAAAAUCCAUCGGAGUUUAACCCUUGGAGAUGGACAGAUCCAGCUACAAGCCAUAAGGUGGUCCCAUUCGGAGGUGGAUCCCGGUUGUGUCCUGGGUCCGAGCUUGGUAAAUUAGAAGCAUCUUUCUUCCUACACUAUCUUCUCCUCAAUUACAGGUGGACAAUGAAAGAAGAAGAAUAUCCAAUGUUGUACCCAUAUAUGGACUUCCCAAAAGGAUUGCUAAUAGCUUUGGAGACAGAAACAAAAAAUGUUAAUUAA